AGCCGGAGGAGAGGCUCGCCUCGAACCUUCUUUCUCCUUUCACCUGGCCUCCACGCAACGCGAGCGAAACCGAAGCCCCCCCCAAAUCCAUUUCUUUCAUUUCGGUUUCGAAUCCCCUGGAGACGAGCUCGCGUCGCCUUCCUCCUCCUCCUCCGCCCGCCGCGUCGCCAUCCGCCCCCCUUCGAAUCUGCGGGCGUCGCCGCCUGGCCUCGUUGUCGCCACGGGAGGGCGCGCGGGAUGGGGCGGUUGUUUGCGGUGGACGCCGCGGCGGCCUCGUCGGCCGUGGCCGCGGCGGCGAUGACCGGCGCGGUGGACUGGUGGAAAGACGUGAACGACUCGCCGAUGUGGCAGGACCGCAUCUUCCACGCCCUCGCCGUGCUCUACGGCAUCGUCUCCGUCGUCGCGCUUGUCCAAUUGAUCAGAAUCGAGUGUAGGGUGCCCGAGUACGGGUGGACGACGCAGAAGGUGUUCCAUUUCCUUAACUUCGUUGUGAAUGGCGUGCGGUCCAUCGUGUUUGUGCUGCGGCGAAACGUGCAGCUGAUACAACCAGAGAUACUUCAACAUGUGAUUCUUGAUAUGCCUGGGCUUGCGUUCUUCACUACAUACGCGCUUUUGGUGCUAUUCUGGGCCGAGAUUUACUAUCAGGCCCGUGCGAUGUCGACUGAUGGACUUAGGCCAACUUUCUAUUGGAUCAAUGGGGUGGUGUACGCAAUUCAGAUAAUUCUGUGGUUGGUUUUGUGGUGGAAACCAGUCCGAGUUAUGGUCAUAUUGUCAAAGAUGUUCUUUGCAGGCGUAUCACUGUUUGCAGCUUUUGGAUUCCUUCUGUAUGGUGGAAGGCUAUUCCUCAUGUUGCAACGUUUCCCCGUAGAAUCAAAAGGAAGACGAAAGAAAUUGCAGGAGGUUGGCUAUGUCACUACCAUCUGCUUUACUUGUUUCUUGAUCAGAUGUGUCAUGAUGUGUCUCAAUGCAUUUGAUAAAGCAGCUGAUCUUGAUGUUCUGAGCCAUCCGAUUCUGAAUUUCUUCUAUUAUCUGCUGGUCGAGAUCAUACCUUCAGCUAUGGUUCUGUUUAUCUUAAGGAAACUGCCCCCAAAGCGUGGGAUCACGCAGUACCAUCCUAUCCAUUAGCGCAGAGCAGCCCUGGCUGUGGUACAGACGACUGUUCCUUACAGAGUUGGUAAAUACAGGAAAGGCAAUGUGAAGAUCACCGCACUUGCACUGAAGCUUGCCCAGGUUUUAAACGAGGAAGCCUUUAGGAUUUCAGGUUACUAUUGCUUGUAAAAGAGAUUUGCAAUGUAGUGUCAAAAAGAAAAAGAGAGAUUUGCAAUGUCGUGCUGUUUACAGGUCUAGAAAAAUGUAAGUUAUAUAUGUAUACCUUUGUUCUUCUCAGUACUUCCAUUCUGUAGUCUGCACUGCGCCACAGCAAUCACGGCUGGAAUCGCAUAUUUGAUUUUUGACCCA